CGUGGGAGGGAACUCCAGCCGCCAUCGCAGGAGCCGCGCGGAGAUGAAGAGGACGUCGGCAAACUCGUCGCACAGAUCAAGAAGAACCGCGGAUGCCGAAAACAUGCCAGGAGCUGGACGUGCCGGAAGCUGGGCAAGCGUCUCACGUUACCUCACUCAUUUCAGCUCCCACCAUCACCAUAAUCGCCUCGAUGCACACUCGCAAGGCAAAGCUUCCAAUCAACAAGACCAAGCCCUCCAUACCGUCCUUGAUCUCCUCAUUGAGUCUCUCGUCCUUAGCCCGCCUCUUGGCCACACUCCUCUCCAACGCCGCGAUUUUCCGGUUGAGCUGCUCCAGGCAGGCGGUCCCCUUUAGCGGGCGUGGUAUUUCCAGGCCCUUUUGCAGCGACUUGAAGUCGUCUCACUCAGUCCACCCUCCUCAACUACCCACGUAAUCCACCCUUCAUGAAGACCGACAAAUACCGUCUCCCGGGCCCAACCUCCUUCGUCUGCUCGCCGCGGCUCUGGAACCGGAAGCGGAGAAGCCGUUGUCAUUGUAAGCGCCAUCGUCCUUGUCGGC